AUGACUCCCGCGACAGACGUAGAAAAUCCAGUCGACGAUACGACUUUUGCUGCUCUUUCCAGGCACGUAAGACGUCGCAUAGACGAUGCCUUCGACGAAGCCUCCGGUGCUACUCCCAAACAGCACCCUCGCAAAAGAAGAAAAGUAGACCACGCCAUAGAACCAGGCGGUUUUGUGAUAGAGGAUGCUGGCGGUUUCAUACCAGAAGACAUCGAGCCGGGAGGAUUUUUAGUCGAUGAAGUUUCUGAUGGGAGUGAACUAGCGAUCGACGACCAAGACCCCGCCAAAAAUAUCAACCUUGAGACCGAAGCUCUUGAGUUUCGUAUACCGUUGUCAUCCGUCCCGCAUGCUCUACAGCUUCUCGAUGUGCCUGCCGAUGAAGAAGUGCUUUCUGUGUUCCGUCAGGCUGCUUCCGGCUGGGGAGCGCGCUCUAACGAGGAAGGGGUUAGUAGGAAAGACUGGAGGGCGGUUUGCACUGUGCUUCUUGAACAGGAACAAGAUAACGAAGACGAUCUGAAUACUGCAGACAUUGGUCUGGACGAAGACUUUGCUCCUGGGGAUGCAGAUGAUGAUGGCGAGGACUAUCGCAUGUCAGACGAAGAUGAGUUCAGCAACGUAUCUGGGUCCGAUGAGGAGUAUCUGGAGGGUGUUGCAUCUACUUCGCGCAAGCAGUCCCACAAAUCUAGGGCCUCGAGAUCAUCACUACCGCACUUUGACAAUGAGGACCCACGUCAACUGAAUUCCCACCAGAAACACGAAUGCCGCGAGGCAUUUUCUUUAAUUUUCCCUGACGUUCCAGACACGGAUUUAGACCAACAAAAGAUCAUGAUCAAAGACAUCACGCGAGUCGCAAAAAUGCUAAAGGAAAAAUUGAAAGCUGAAGAUAUUGUUGAAAUGCUCGAGACGUUUUCUUCCUCGCCUGACAAGUCAAUGAGCCUCGAUGACUUCGGGCGCAUGAUGGUGGAGGCCAAAAUGGUUUAA